AUGUCCUUUCCAGGAGAAACUUAUGUCUGUAGUGAAAGAACCACUGCUGAUCGUCAUUCUGUCAUUCAAAACGGCAAUGAAAACAGCGCCCUUCCUGAUCAGAGCGCCCCAGUUGCUUCCACGCACAGUGUGAGCAGCGCGGCCACCCCCGACCGCAUCCGUUUCCCCAGAGGAACUGCCAGCCGAAGCACUUUCCACGGCCAGCCCCAGGAACGGAGGACAGCCACCUACAAUGGUCCACCUGCUUUGCCCAGCCUGUCCCACGAAGCCACACCCUUGUCUCAGACAAGGCGCCGGGGCUCCACUAAUCUCUUCAGUAAAUUAACUUCAAAACUAACAAGGAGCCGCCAUGUGUCUGCCGAGCAGGACGCCGGCAGAGAGGCCAGGCCGCGCUCGCUUGGCUUCGCGUCGAGUAUGAAGACCAUGAGCUCCAUGGAGCCCAGCGACAUCAUCCGCAAGGUGCUGGAUGCCAACAGCUGUGACUACGAGCAGAGGGAGCGCUUCCUGCUCUUCUGUGUUCACGGCGACGGACACGCCAAGAGCCUCGUGCAGUGGGAGAUGGAGGUGUGCAAGCUGCCCAGACUGUCCCUCAACGGCGUCCGCUUCAAGCGGAUAUCCGACACGUCUAUCGCCUUCAAGAACAUCGCUUCCAAAACUGCCAACGAGCUGAAGCUGUAG